GCCACGACUACCGAGGCGUUCAGUACGGUUACCUGUCCCGACACCUCGUCUACGGACGACCCUCCACGAGCACAAUGUCAACACAAUGUGCCCGAACUGUCUUCCUGCUAUGUCUCUCCUUGCUGAGCUCCCUCGUAACGGCACAUAUGAUUGAAGUCCCAGCGGGCAAGAAGGAAUGUUUCUUCGAGGAUCUCCAUGUCAAUGACAAAAUGACAGUGACAUAUCAGGUCGGAGGUGGUGGCCACCUCGAUAUUGAUUUCUGGCUACAAGAUCCAGACCAUAACGCACUGGCAAACCAUGAAAGACACAGUACUGGAACAGUCUCAAUAACGGCAAGAAAGGAUGGGAGGCACGAAUACUGUUUCUCAAAUCUGAUGAGCACCGUGGUGGAUAAGCUCGUGAGCUUCAACGUCCAUGGAGUCAUCUAUGUAGAUGACGAUGACACCGUCGCCCCAAUCGAGCGCGAAAUCCGACAACUAGCCCACGGCCUGACCGCGGUGAAGGACGAGCAAGAAUACAUUGUCAUUCGAGAGCGGAGACACCGCAACACCGCUGAAUCCACGAACUCGCGUGUGAAGUGGUGGUCCAUAUUCCAGGCGAUUGUGCUCUUCGCUGUCGUAGCAUGGCAGGUGUAUUAUCUGAAGUCAUUCUUUGAGGUCAAGCGUGCAUUCUAGUGUACUGGGAAUCCAUUCCGGCAUUGGACUAUUGAGACUGUAGGUCUUGUAACAAUCUAUUCGCCCAAACAGUCGCUGGAGAGGCGCUCAUCAAGCCAGUCACUACACAGCUUAC